ACAUAUCCCUUUGGCUAACUAAGCUAAAGCUAGGCUAACAAGCUGCUGCAGAGUGACAUGUAGUCAACUCUACACUCAGUCUCAAUGAAGGAGCUUCCAGAGUGAUUGGGACAUGGAGUUAAGAAAUAUCAAGGACCAGUCUCCAUUGGUCCAGGCUAUAUUCAGCCGAAACGCAGAAGAAGUGACAUUUUUGUUAGACCAUAACGAAGAUGUCAAUUCACUGGACCAAGAACAAAGCACACCACUUCAUGCUGCUGCCUAUUUGGGUGAUGUCCACACGAUGGAAUUACUUAUUUCUUCAGGUGCUAAUGUCAACGCUAAGGACCAGGGUUUGCUGACUCCUUUACAUCGAGCGGCUGCCUCACGUAACGAAAGGGCCGUGGAGCUGCUACUAAAGCACGGAGCAGAGGUCAACACACGGGACAAGUUCUGGCAUACACCUUUACACAUGGCAGCUGCAAAGUGGGCUACAGGCUGCGCUUUAGCUCUGAUACCACAUGUGUGCAGCCUGGAUGUCGCCGACAGGUCAGGAAGGACACCACUGCAUCACGCAGCGCACAGCGGCCAUGGAGAGACAAAACGAUGCUAUGCACUUCUGCAGAUGGUGAACUUGCUCCUGAACAAAGGUGCCAACGUAAGUGCCAAAGAUAAGAAGGAAAGGCAGGCAAUCCACUGGGCUGCAUACUUUGGACACGUGGAGGUUGUGAAGCUGCUGGUGUCUCACUGUGCUGAUGUGACGUGCAAAGACAAACGAGGUUACACUCCGCUCCAUGCUGCAGCUGCCAGCGGACAGUUAGACAUGGUCAAAUACCUGCUGAGACUGGUGGUGGAGACUGAUGAACCCAACGUCUUCGGGAACACAGCACUCCACAUGGCCUGUCAUACGGGGCAGGACACUGUGGCCACUGAGCUGGUGAACUGCGGUGCCCACAUUAAUCAGCCCAACCACCACGGCAGCACGCCACUGCAUCUGGCUGCCGCCUCCUCCAGCGGGGUGAUGUGUCUCGAGCUGCUAAUCAACAAUGGUGCUGACGUCAACGUGCAGAAUAAAGAAGGGAAGAGCCCUUUGCAUAUGGCUGCUAUGCAUGGACGCUUCACAGGCUCCCAGAUUCUGAUCCAAAAUGGUGGGGAAAUUGACUGUGUUGAUAUGUACGGAAACUCUCCUCUUCAUGUUGCUGCCAGAUAUGGUCAGGAGUUGCUGAUCAGCACUCUGCUGACAAAUGGUGCUGACAAAGCCAGACAAGGCAUUCAUGGGAUGCUUCCACUACAUUUGGCGGCGCUCUACGGAUUUCCAGACUGUUGUCGGAAAUUAUUGUCUAAUGGCCAGUUUUACAUCAUGCCGCCUCAAAUGUCGUCAGCUGGGUUCGAUAUAAACAUCCCAGACGACUACGGGAGGACCUGCCUGCAUGCAGCUGCCUCUGGAGGAAACAUUGACUGUCUGAACUUGCUGUUGAAUAGUGCUGCUGAACUGGAUGUAAAAGAUAAUUUGGGAAGAUCUCCUUUGCACUAUGCUGCAGCUAACGGGAACAGCCAGUGCACAAGCUACCUGGUGAAAGACGGCGCUGAGGUCAAUGAGCUGGAUCUGACAGGCUGCAGCCCUCUGCACUACGCUGCUGCUUCACACACCUUUUGUGGAGGCAAAACAAACUCUAAGCCCGACUACAGCGAGGAAAAACAACAUGAAGCCUCUCUGUGUUUAGACUACUUGCUUGACAAUGGGGCGAACCCAACUCUGAAGAACAGUAAGGGCUACAGUGCUGUCCACUAUGCAGCAGCUUAUGGGAACAAACAGCACCUGGAACUGCUCCUGGAGAUUUCCUUCAACUGUCUAGAAGAGGUUGAAAGUAAUAUUCCAGUCAGUCCUUUGCACUUGGCUGCGUAUUAUGGUCACUGUGAGGCACUGCGUCUGCUGUCUGAGACAUUAGUGAGUCUGGAUGUUCGGGACGUUGAAGGGAGAACUGCCCUCCAUCUGGCUGCUCGGAGAGGUUUCGCCCCAUGUGUGGAAGUGCUGCUGAAACAUCAAGCCUCUUACACACUGAAGGAGCACAAGCGCAAGUGGACGGCUCUCCAUGCUGCAGCUGCUGAGGGCCAAAUGGACUGUCUGCUGUUAUUGGUCAACAGGGAACAAAGUGCGGACAUCAUCGACAGUCCAGAUACACAGGGGCAGACGGCGCUCAUGCUUGCAGCUCUGGGACGUCACACCGACUGCGUCCACAUCCUGUUGGAGAAAGGAGCCAAGGCUGAUGCUGCGGACAAAAAGGGCUUCACUGCAUUACACAGAGCUGCCAUGUUGGGCAGUGAGGACUGUGUCUCUGCUCUGUUGGAACACGGGGCCUCUGCCCUGUGUAGAGACUCUCAGGGAAGGACCCCAUUGCACCUCACAGCGUCCCUCGGCCACACGGAGCUACUCCGAAGUUUGUUGAAAGCUGCUAUGAAAGCUGACCCUCUGGACUCCAUAUUGGACUACAGAGGCUACACGCCCACCCACUGGGCUGCCUACCACGGGCAUGAAGGAUGUUUACACAUUUUACUUGAAAACAAACUUUUUAGCAACCAGGAAGGAAAUCUCUUCACUCCAUUGCACUGUGCUCUAGUUAAUGGACACGAUGUUGCUGCUGGACUUCUAGUGAAAGCUGUUGGCCCUCAAAUUGUUCAUGUUAGCGAUGCCAAAGGAAGGACCCCACUGCAUGCAGCUGCUCAUUCAGGAAAUGUCGCUGGGCUCCAGCUGGUCCUGGCCCAGGGAGCAGAAGUCAAUGCUGUGGACCACUGUGGAUGCUCCGCUCUGAUGGUUGCUGCCAACUGUGGACAGACCAUGGCUGUCGAGUUCUUGCUGCACAAAGCGAAGCCAGACCUGACCCUGGUGGAUGUCAAUAAUAACACUGCCCUUCACUUAGCCUGCAGCAAGGGUCAUGAGAUGUGUGCCCUGUUAAUCCUGGGAGAAAUCAGCGACUCUUCCCUCAUAAAUGCAACAAACAGCGCUCUCCAAAUGCCCCUUCACAUUGCAGCGAGGAAAGGCCUGGCGACUGUAGUGCAGGUGUUGCUGAGUAGAGGAGCAGCAGUCAUGGCCGUAGAUGAGGAAGGCCACACGCCAGCUCUGGCCUGUGCCCCAAACAAGAAUGUGGCAGACUGUCUCGCCCUGAUCCUCUCCACCAUGAAGCCUUUUCCUCCCAGAGAAUCCGGCACCGGUACAGCCUCCCACUUCAACCCCAUCCUGAAGAACUGUGGCAUUGCUGCCCCCUGUGGGUCCAGUGGCAAUCUGUGUCACGCCUAAAUCCGGGGCCGCACAGGCGCCACUGGAGUCAGAUUUCAUCCAAGUGUAGCCCAAAGUCUCCAAGUCUCCUUCUCACGUGUGUGUCAUAUGCAGCUGCAUGUACACCAUGUACUCGUGCACUAGUGGCAUUGAUUGCUUUUCUAAAAUUUAGUCUUACACAUCACUAAUAUUAGCAGACCUCUCCUUAGAUUAUCUUCUCUGUCACUCGAGUUGAGUUUAGCACACAUAUAUGUUAUUUUAAUGUACUAACUAUUAGCAAUGAAUGGAAGUUUUAACAUGAGCACACUACACAAGCCUCUUCACUUGAACCCCGUCCGCUGUCACUAUCGGAUUCGAUUCUUAGCUCGUUAACCACCGAAGCGUGAAAUCUUAGUUUUUGUGCUCAGCUGAUGCAAGUGCAAAAACACUCGGAUGAUUCCGUGUUUAAA